AUGUCGACGGGACAAUCGGUCCAAUCCCGUGGGGUUACCACCUCGAUGGAUAUCGCCCGUCAUCAGGCGUCAAAUAGCUAUCAUGUAGCCCCGGUGGCUGGAAAUAAGAGGCCUUUGACAGAUCCAUCGCCCCAGGAGGCCCCCAAGCCGGAUGCAGGCGUACAUCGCAUCGCCCUGCGGGGUCCAAGUGAAAUAUCCAACCCGCCGAUUCUCGAGUCGGCCCCAUUGGACUUUGCUCGAGCCUCGUUGGCCCCUCCUGUGAACCGAUUUACCGCCAGCGCUAUCCAUCUGGGCCCGGGCGCCAGCGGCUUGGAUGAGGAGCAUAAGCUCGGAGAACCCGCACCGGGAUCCAGUCAGAAUCCCUUAUUGUCUCUUUCGCAUCCCAAAUACGGACUUCCUUCGGCUCUCAAGGCCAACUUCGCUGCAUUGGGGGUCACCUCUAUUUACGCUUGGCAAGCGUCCUGUCUCUUGGCGCGGGGUUUAUUAUCUGGCGAGCGACAUUUGGUCUACACAGCCCCCACUGGUGGAGGCAAGUCCCUAGUGGCGGAUGUGUUGCUGCUGAAACGGAUCAUCGAGAAUCCCACCCGGAAGGCCAUCUUGGUUUUGCCCUACGUGGCAUUGGUUCAAGAAAAGCUUAAAUGGCUGCGUCAGAUUGUUCAGGGCGUGGAGAAAAUCAUCCCAGAGGAUGAGGAUGAGGACGAUGGUGACAAAUUGCAUUUUGCCCGCAAACGAUGGAAGCGAUUACAAAAGUCCAUACGAGUGACUGGGUUCUUCGGCGGAAACCGGACAACUACAACAUGGGCGGAUACCGACAUCGCUGUUUGUACCAUAGAGAAGGCAAAUUCGUUGAUAAACUCAGCAAUUGAAGACUGUAGCAUUGGUGACUUGGGUGUUGUGGUGCUCGAUGAGCUGCACAUGCUUGACGAUGAACAUCGUGGAUAUUUGUUAGAGCUGAUGGUAACAAAGUUGCUGUUGCUCCAGCAGGAUAUUCAAAUUGUGGGCAUGAGUGCUACUCUUUCGAAUACCGAGAUGUUGGCGCAGUGGAUGAAUGCCAAGUUCUACAUUUCCACCUAUAAACCGGUUCCUAUUGAUGAGUACCUGGUUUACGAGAAUGUCAUUUACCCGGCCGCGACAUCAAGGCAGCUUUUCCAAACAGCUUCCAAGUUGACAGCAGCAGCAUCGAACACAUUGCAAGACUCGAUUCCACCGCAUCGGACCAUUGAAGCGUCUGCUUACAAGGAGCUCUCCAAUUCUGCAACAAAUUCUAUGGUGGCAUUGGCAGUUGAGACCGCUAUUGCAGGUGAGGCGAUGCCUGCACUGGCUGAGGGUAAUGAUGAAAUGAACAAGCGACUAGACCUCUUGGCUGAGUUAAGAAGUCUCUCCUGUGGCUUGGACCCGAUUCUCCAAAAAACAAUCAUCAAAGGAGCUGGAUUCCAUCAUGCCGGCAUGACAACGGAGGAACGGGAGUUGAUUGCCCAGGCUUACGACCAAGGCGUACUAAGAGUGCUUGUGGCGACUUGCAGUCUUGCCGCUGGCGUGAAUCUUCCUGCGCGAAGAGUCAUCAUCAACGGCGCUCGAAUGGGGCGUGACCUGGUGGGUCCCGCAAUGCUACGUCAAAUGUGUGGACGAGCUGGGCGCAAAGGCAAGGACAGCUCUGGUGAAACAUAUUUGAUCUGUGUCAAGGCCGACCUUGAGGCGGUAUGCGAUCUAUUGGAUGCUGAUAUGCCAGCCAUCGCAAGUUGCUUGGUCCCUGAAAAAAGAGGCCUGAAAAGGGCGCUCCUGGAGGCUGUAGCAACAGGAUUGGUCUCGGGAUUCGAAGCAAUCAAAGAGUACGUGCGCUGUACUCUGCUCUACCUCUCACUCGACAAGAAGUUAGUGUAUAGUAUCAUGGAUUCCGCCCUGCAAGAACUCAUUAAUGAAGGCCUUUUACUUUUGAAAGACGACGAGUCAUAUGGUGCGACCCUGUUAGGCCAGGCAGUUGUGGCCUCGGCCUUUUCUCCUGAGGAUGGACUUUACGUGCACGAGGAACUUAAGCGGGCACUCGAGGCAUUUGUUAUGGAUGGUGAUAUGCAUGUAUUCUACAUAUUCACUCCUCUUCAAGUGGCUAUGAACAAUCCAAUCGACUGGCAGAUUUUUCGAGACCAGCUGGAUCGUUUGGAUGAGAGUGGCCUCCGUGCCCUUCAAUAUGUUGGCGUCCAACCGGGCUUUGUAAACACAAUGGUGCAAUCUGGGGCAUCAUUGAAGGAAGCAAUCCCAGACCAGCUCAAACAAGCCCGUGUAUACCGUCGCGCUUAUACUGCAUUCCAACUUCGCGAUCUGAGCAACGAAGUCCCUCUAGCAACCAUUGCUCAACGAUACAAAACUCCCCGUGGAUCUAUUCAAACUCUCGCACAACAAUGUCACGGAUUUGCCGCCGGGAUUGUCAAAUUCUGCCAGCGCAUGAAUUGGGGCAUGUUGGCUGCUGUAUUGGACCACAUGCGCGAUCGCCUCGAAGCUGGCGCACGUGCCGAUCUACUCGAGAUGGCGCAGGUCACAUUCGUCAAGAGUUGGACUGCGAGACUGCUUCGGGAGAAUGGGUUCAAAGGCCUGCGGUCUUUGGCCGAGGCGAAUGCUAAAGAUCUCGUCCCAAUCCUCAUGAUGGUCAAUCCCCGGAAGACGCAGAAAAACCAGCUCUAUCCAACUGAAGCAGAGCGGUAUGCUGCGAAAUUGCUGACCAAGGCAGAGACUAUUGUUGCUUCUGCGAAUAAAUUAUGGGAUCGGGAAAUGCAAGUUGAAUUAGAGGAAUGA